AUGGCCAACCCCAUCCAAGGCUGCUCCGAUGCCGACCUCAAGCGCUUCGCCUUGUGCUGGCUGUUUGCCGACCGCUCCAACAUCACGGUCGACUGGGCGGCCGCCGCAGCCGCUUACGACCCGAAGGUGCAGGUGCAGAGCUUCAAGACCGUCACCGGCCGCGCCGUCACCAAGGCCUUGAGCAGCGCGGGUAUCGACGAGGGCGAGAAGCCGAAGAAGGCCGCGGCGGGCAAGCGCAAGAAGGUCACCUCUGAGGCUGGCGCUGAGGACGAGGACGCUCCAAAGCCUAAGAAGGGAAAGGCCGGUCGUGCGAAGAAGGCCAAGUCCGAGGAGAAGGCGCCUAGCGAUGUCGAGGACAACGGCGAGGGCGACAAGAGCGACUGA